AACUGCAUCAACAAAUCGACAGGUUUCAGCCGGAAAUAUCGUUCCAGAAGUUCAUCCGGAGCUUCCUGUCACUUAAUCCACUUGUUGAAAGGAGGAGCAGGAGGUCGGGGAGGCGAAACAAGGAGUUUAGCGCAAAACUGUUCGGAGAAUGGCCGGUCCAGACGGCUGAAGGUCCCCCAAACGCUGCAGUUAAAGCCCCCAGCCGAAGACCAUGAUCGGUGUGAAGGAAGUUGGGGUGUUCGGCGCCUCCGUUGUUUUGGCGGGGGGAGUCGCCUACCUAAUCUGGAACCACGCACCGUUCUUCAGGCAGACGAACCCGCCUUCACCGACCGAAGAAAGAGUAGAAAAUAACAAAGAAGAAGAGCAGGAAAAAGGAGGACAAGAGCUCGUAGAAGAAGAAACGGUGACUGCGGUUAAAACUGAGAACACAUCCACGAGCCGGUCUGCGGUGACUGGGACUCAGGUUCUGGUUCUGGGUCUGGAGGGAUCCGGAAAGACGAGCUUGCUGCACUGUUUCUCCGGCAGCAGCUUGGAUAAGGACACGGAGCCGACGAAAGGAUUCAACGCCGUCUCCAUCAGCAAAGACGACCUGCACAUCGAGUUUCUGGAAAUUGGAGGUAAUGAAGACCUGCGGCCGUACUGGCAGAGGUACCUGUCCAAAGCCCUGCUCCUGGUGUUUGUGGUCGACUCCUCCAACCCUCAGCUGUUUCCGCUGGCGAAGAAGCAUUUAGACGAGCUGCUGAGUCGUCACUCCAGUCUGCCUCUGAUGGUUCUGGCCAACAAGCAGGAUCUUCCAGGUUCCUGCAGCAUCACGGAUCUCCACGAGGCCCUCUGCCUGUCUGAGGUUGGAGACCGCAGCCUCUUCCUCAUCGGUACCUACGUGAAGAAGGGCGACGUGGAGCUGAGCUCCGGCGUUCAGGACGCGCGGGAAAUGAUCCUCCAGGUGGUCUGUGACAGCAGAUGAAAGCACCAGCGAGGUUGGAUGAUCCAACCCUGUCGAUCAAAUCAGGUUCUCCACAUUUGUCGGGAUCAAAUCCAUAUUUCACGAGCAGUUUUUAUCUUUGGAUAAAUACAGGCUGAGGAUAUUCUUCAUCUAAUCAUUCGCCGUUAAAACAAAAACGCUAAAUCUCUGUUUCUAAGGGCUCAGAUCUUCUAAAGCUGAAUGUCAUCACGUCUUAUCUGCUGCUUUUAUUUCCACAUCGUUUCUGGAUGUUGGAAUCCUCAGUUGUAGGAGCGUUCUUCUGCCAGUUGGGGUCGCUAAUGUGCCGCUUUCCUCUCAAAGCUUAAGCCGACAGAUGACCGGUGUCUUACUGUUACUCCUGUGUGUGUGUGCGGUUCUGAUCCAGAGUUCGGUUUUGGUUUCAAUGAAUGUUGUGUGAUGCAUUUGUGGCUGUUUUUUCUAUCUGUUUUUUAAAGAAGAAAAAUGGGAUGAAAUAUGUCGUUUCUGUGACUUUUAGGAAAGUUUCUCAUGUUCCAAUAAAAUAACAUCUGCAGUUU